AUGAGCGCCGCUACCACUGCCACAAAGACUCCCACCACCAUCGAGGACAACUCCGUCCUCACCAAGUACAAGGCCGCCGCUGAUGUCACCAACAGCGCAAUCCGCAAGGUCAUUUCGGCGUGCAAGGAGGGUUCCAAGAUCAUUGACCUGUGCAAGCUCGGUGACGCCGCCAUCGAGGUUGGCCUGAGCACUCAGUAUACCAAGGACAAGAAGCUGAGCAAGGGCAUCUCCUACCCGACGAGUGUCUCGGUUAACAACAUUGUCUGCCACUUUGCGCCCAGCGCCACCGACGUCAACGCCGACCAGGCCCUCAAGAACGGCGAUGUUGUCCGCAUCCAGCUUGGCGCCCACAUCGACGGCUUCGCCGCUGUUGCCGGUAACACCGUUGUUGUCGGUGCCUCCGAGACAAGUCCUGUCACUGGCAAGACUGCCGAUGCCAUUGCCGCCGCGCACUACGCCGCCGAGGCUAUCCAGCGUCUGAUCAAGCCCGGAAACAAGAACAUGACCGUUACCGACAAGGUCCAGAAGGUCAUCAGCGCUUUUGACUGCAAGCACAUCGAGAACAUCCUCAGCUACGAGCAGUGCCAGAACGACCUCGACGGCGGCAAGCACAUCAUCUUCAACCCGGCCCCCGCCCAGCGCCAGUCGUUCGCCGUCUGCGAGUUUGCUCCCUACGAGGUGUACAUGAUCGACAUCUUUGUCACCACCGGUGAGGGCCGCACCAAGAAGUCUGAGCUGCGCACCAACAUCUACAAGAAGACCGGCAGCACAUACCAGCUCAAGAUGAAGGCCGCUCGCGCCGCCUUCAGCGAGAUCUCGGGCAAGCCGGGCAAGUUCCCCUUCGCCCUCCGCUCGUGCGAGGACGAGCGUGGCAUGCGCAUGGGUCUUAUCGAGUGCAUCAAGGCCAACGUUGUGCAGGCAUUCGAGGUACAGGAGGAGAAGCAGGGCGAGGUUGUUGCCCAGGUCACCUUCACCGCUCUUGUCACCCCCAGCGGCGUCGACCGCAUCACCCAGGGCCUGGUGUUUGACGAGAAGGUCAUCAAGACCGAGAAGAAGAUCGAGGAUGCCGAGAUCAAGGAACUUCUUGCCACCAGCACCCGGAUCAAGAAGAAGUCCGCCAAGAAGUAA